ACAAUACACGUUAUCUGAAUAUCGCGCGCUUGUUGUUAUAUUUUUUGUUUUUAAAAAAUACAGUGUGUGUUUUACCAAUGUGCAUAAAAAAAUUAAAGCAAAAAACAACAAAAAAAUAUAAUAAUAAAUAAAUGUAUAGAAGCCUAUAUAAAAUUUAAAAAGGGCAAAAUAAUAUAUGUGUAAAGAGAGAAAAAAAUUACAAAAAUAAACUGAAAAAAAAAAAAUAUUAAAGAAGACUUAUACUACUACACGUUUCUACGUGUCUGCGUGUUUUGAGUAAAACAAACUAUAAUAUUUUGUUUGUUUUUAUCAGAAAAUUAAUAAGAAUUUUUCAUUGUUAUUCGUCUGGACGGAUUUUAUUCUAUUUGACGUUGCUGAGAAAAAAACUUGGAAUUAGUCACAGAAAGUUGUCUUUAACGACGCAUAUACACAAUGUUACCACAACAGUAUUGUUUACGAUGGAAAUACCACCACAGCAACUUACAAACAAUGUUCUCACAACUUCUUGAUCGUGGAUGCUUCUGUGAUGUAACCCUCGCAUGUGAAGGACAGACGAUCCGGUGUCAUCGCGUAGUUUUGUGUGCAUGCAGUACGUACUUUGAUUCAUUGCUAACAAAUGUGUCCACAGACAAGGAUCCCAUCAUUAUCAUGCGCGACUGCAAAUUCUCCGAUGUAAAGGCGCUCAUCGAAUUUAUGUACAAGGGAGAAAUCAAUGUGGAACACGAAAACCUUUCGUCAUUGCUAAAGACAGCGGAAGAGCUAAGAAUCAAAGGUCUAGCAGAAGUUAGUUGGCACGAUGACGAAAAUGAAAAUGAGACGGCAUCCACCCGAGUAAACGUGACAAUGUCACAUGCCACAAAUGUCUCAUCGACUCCCACCACCAACAAUCCUGAUUCCGGAAACAGUAUUCCAAUGCUCACCCCUAUCACAAUCCACACGAAAGAUGAUGUCACAAAAGAUGGAUUUCCUAAUAAGAAAAAACGUGGUAGACCACCGCUAGAUGAGGAAUAUGACUCAUUUUCAACCCCUAAGAGCAACAACAUUGGCACAUCGCACAAUUAUUCCGACAGUUCCCACCUUGUAUCUGUGAUGAUGGACGACAAUUCAAAGGAGAACACAAAGGAAAAUGAGCAAGUCAACUCCAUGUCCAACGCCGAAUCGAAUCACUCCAGCAACGGAAACUUGAGUCCUCACAACUUGCUAAUUCCGAAGAUUGAAAGAAUAGACACGCCGGACUUUAAUCGCAUGGAAAUGGACGAGGACAGUUUUGCCUACGAUCAAAAUCAGUCGUUACAAUCGAUAUUUCUGACGCCACAAGAACGGGAAGAAUGGAAAGACGUGAUUAAGAUGAAUGACUAUCUUACGAAAGGAAGACGACCGCAGUUUUGGGAAGAACCGUUUACGCGAAAAGUAAUGGAUGCGAUUAAAAAUAAGAAUUUGGAAAUGAAAAAAGCCGCAAAGCUACUUGGAGUAUCAUAUGGAACACUGUACGGACGAUAUAGGGAAACAUAUGGAUGUCUCAAACAUCCAUACAGAGGACAAUUUGGAUCACAGUCACAGCAACAAUCACCCAACUUAACGGCUUCAAUGCUCGAGAACGCAGGUCUUUGGGGAGCGCUUUCUGGAAAUAACGAUGCGAUAGAGCACGGAAAUAAUCAAGGAUUUGCAUGUCCUUUGUAAGGAAAUCACAUGGAACAGCAAUUUUUGAAAAAUGUGAGGAAAUGAGACUGAAGAUUUUAGUUGAGUUUUGAACCAUAAAGUGCUCAAAAGAUGUCCAACAAGGUCCUCUGAAAAGGAAAAUUCUGUAAAAUAUAAAAUUUUCUUUUUGAAUGCAAUAAAUAAGUAUUAAAAGUAACUACUUAGAGAUAAGUUAGGAAUCAGGUUCGAAAAAAAAGACACAAAUGGAAUACUUAGAAGUAGAUCACAUCAUCAUCAUUCCUUUUUGCCUCGUUAACCAUAUGUAUUUAAAUAAAGUAACUUAAUAAAGACAAUGAAAAAUUAAUUACAGGUUUUAUUUCUUAGAGUACACAAAUUUAGAAAACUCCUUUUGUAUUUACUGUAAAAGUAUUUCUUGUAAAAAUGUAAUAAGUUAUUGAAUAGAGUUUAUUAAA